AGUGAAAGUUUAACAGGCCCAUGCCCAACCCGUUUCCAUUUUCGUACCUCCCUCUCUCUUUCGCGAUUGCUCUACAAUUCCAUCAACAACAAGUUUCAAAAAUCUUUGAACAAGUUUUUUUGCCUCCUAACUUUAACAUUUGCAUCUUCUUCAUCCAGAUCUCAACGAUAAAGAUGGAUCCAGACACAGUAAAGUCUACACUCACCAAUCUAGCGUUUGGAAACGUAAUAGCAGCAGCUGCACGUGAUUAUAAAAAGGAAUUGCUUACUCAAGAGAAGGCGGCACAAUUAAAUUCAACAAAUGAGGAGGUUGACCUUGAUGAAUUGAUGGAUGAUCCUGAGCUGGAAAAAUUGCAUGCAGACAGGAUUGCAGCUCUUAAGAAAGAAGCAGAGAAACGGGAGGCGUGGAAAAAGAAAGGUCAUGGGGAAUAUAGGGAGGUAACUGAAGGAGAUUUCUUGGGUGAAGUCACUGGAAGUGAAAAAGUGAUCUGUCAUUUCUACCAUAAGGAGUUCUAUCGAUGCAAGAUAAUGGAUAAGCACUUAAAGUCCCUUUCAUCAAAGCAUAUUGAUUCCAAGUUCAUCAGGCUUGAUGCAGAGAAUGCACCGUUCUUUAUUACGAAAUUGGCAAUCAAGACUUUGCCUUGUGUCAUACUGUUCAGACAAGGAGUUGCAGUAGAUAGAUUGGUAGGGUUUCAAGAUCUGGGAGGGAAAGACGAUUUUAGCACUAAUGCGCUGGAGGUGCUACUGAUAAAAAAAGGUAUUAUUGCCGAAAAAAAAGACGAGGAUGAUGAAGAUAAUGUAUACGAUGAAAGUAAACGUAGAACCGUUAGAACCUCAGUGGCGGCUGAUUCUGAUUCUGAUUAAAAUUAAUUACCCAGUGGCAUCAUAAAAAAUAGAGUGGUAUCUUGUUCAUAUUUUUUGGAUUUUUGGCUUGUAUAAUUGUUGUUACAUUUUCUUUUUGUAAGGAAAAAAAUGCCAUUUCUUUUCUAAAAUAGUUUUGUUCAACUAUAAGUAAGUUUUAGGAGGUGUCCUUUGGUUCAAAAUAUGGUAAGGUGGUAACUCAACUUUUUUAAAUAUAUCAAAGCUAAGAUGGGGAAAUUUUGGGAGUUUA